GUCGUGGAACCGGAUUUAAACUGGGCUCAUCCCCUGGAGAUGCUCAGCUUUGGGCAGGGGGACCUCACAUCACGUCGCCGGGGGACGAAGCAAAUCCAGACCCUCAAGGGACUCCACAGAAACCUCCUGCGUUGGGGGGAGACGUCGAAAGCUUCCAGGGAGCCGUAUCCUGAAUGGGGCAGGAAUCCGGAAAACUUAACGGCGCUUAGAAAUAGGCAAACAAACGUUUUUACCGGAGGCUGGUACCCAAAGCGAAGCACCGGAGCGGGCGCGAUCUCAAGGCAGAGCGAGAACACGGGGAAAAGUAACGACGGCUUCAAACUGUUCAUGGGAAGAGGAUCCCGCUGUGUUACAACCCCACCCUGGAGCUGUAAGGUAACGCUCUGGACCCUCGUAGCCGCGCUGCUGCUGUCGUCCGCGAUGAUAACCGGAUCGCCCACUCCAGAACUGAGUAUGGAAGGACAGUCCAGCCAUGAGACAGAUUCAGAAACAUUCGGCACCGUUAGCCCAAACAGCAUGGAGCCCACGCAGGAGGAGAAAACGGACUUAACCAUCAGUUCUACGCAAAGUCCUCGGUUUGAGAACCUAACAUCUGAAGGAAACGGUGACGACGAACAACUCGACGUCUUGUUUCGCCUGGAGCGUUCUUCUGAGAAGCCCAAAAGGAACAAGAAACCGUCGUCGAGGAAAGGUUCCGAUGAGGCCGGAGGAGCCGGUGGCAAAGAGUGCAGCUUGAGAAAGCUACGGAUCAAAGUACGAGACCUCGAACUGGGCUACGAUUCCGACGAAUCUAUUACCUUCAGCUACUGUAGUGGGAACUGCCAGAGCAACCGCAGCAACUAUGACGUGACCCUUAACAAUCUCCUAAAGAAGAAGAAGGUGAACCACCGCAGCCACGGGCGGAUCAGCGACCAGCCGUGCUGCCGGCCCACGCGCUUCCAGCCCGUGUCGUUCAUGGACGUUCAGAACAACUGGAAAGUGGUCUACACGUUAUCCGCCGCUGACUGCGAAUGCGUAGGCUGAUUCCUGCUCUCGGAAGAGAGAACAUCAUAGAAGAAGGAGAGGCUAGCCCACGGCUGGCGGCAAUGAGUAGACAGCAUGCAGACUGAGGGAGUUCAGAAGGUCGGUGCCCACUGGGAGAUACGAUAGGUGACCAGCAUCAUUGCCAAAGUGGAUUCAGAUUGUCAGAAGAUACAACGGACUCUUGGUUCAGCAAACCUUCACCUCUCUCGUGCAGAAUGCAAGUAACCCGGUAGGAGGCCAGGUCAGGCUCAACGAGAAGGGUUAUUAGCAACAAGUUAUCUUUUUGGCAUUGUGUUGCUGCUAAAGGUGCAACUUAUUGUUGUUCUGUGGAUUUUAUUUAAAAAAAAAAAAAAAAAAAGUUGCAUUGGGGUCAAAACCUAAAAAAAAGAUUUCCAGCCUGGCGGCGGCCCGAUCCUGGUCUUCGUUUGCGUUCUACAGCACAGCGAGGAGAUCGCUCGGUGGUCUCGGUACGGCUGAGACUAAAGUGUGUUAAGUGUGUCAAACGCACACCAGAUGAGCAACAUUGUAACGAGAAAAAUGUGUCCGC